CGGGAAAGAGGGAUUAUAUAUAUCGACAAAGAAGCAAAUAGAAAGAAUAAAAACCCUGGACACUAUCGGAAAUCAGAAAGCAAGCCCUUGGGCGUCGCCGUCGUUUGUGUAAUUUCAGCAGCUCAGAAAUUAUCGGUCCAGUGAAGAUGCAUCACGGUUAUCAUGACAAUAACGAGCCCGAUUUGGCGAAGCUUCAAGCUACUAUGCAAGCUAUCGAGCUUGCUUGUAGUUCUAUUCAGAUGCAUGUCAAUCCAGCUGCUGCUGAGGCAACUAUAUUAUCAUUAUGCCAGUCUCCACAACCAUACAAGGCAUGUCAGUUCAUACUUGAUAAUUCACAGGUGCCAAAUGCAAGGUUUCAGGCUGCUGCAGCAAUUCGCGACGCAGCUAUCAGGGAAUGGGGAUUCCUUUCAGCUCAUGAUAAAAUAAAGUUGAUUAGUUACUGUUUGAAUUAUGUCAUGCAACAUGCUCAUUCGCAAGAGGGAUAUGUCCAGGCAAAGGUUUCUUCUGUAGCUACUCAAUUGAUGAAAAGGGGCUGGUUAGAAUUCCAAGCUACAGAAAAGGAUGCUUUUUUUCAGGAGGUAAGACAAGCUGUAAUUGGAAGUCGUGGUCUACACGUGCAGUUCAUUGGAAUCACUAUUUUAGAGUCAUUGGUUUCUGAAUUUGCACCUUCUACUUCAACUGCUAUAGGCCUUCCGCGGGAGUUCCAUGAACAAUGCCGGACCUCAUUAGAGCUAAACUACUUAAAGACAAUUUACUGUUGGGCACAAGAAGCUGCUCUUAGUGUUACGAAUAAUAUUGUCCAAUCUAAUUCGGAGAUACUCGAGGUUAAAGUUUGUACAGCCGCAUUACGUCUAAUGCUUCAAAUCCUGAAUUGGGAAUUCCAGUACAGCACAAGUGCAGUCGAGAGUACAAAAAAAAGCAUAAAUGUAUUCUCUACCGGAGUUAGAUUUGAUGUUAACUCAGCCAAGAGAUCCGAAUAUGCGUUAGUCCAGCCUGGUCCAUCUUGGCGCGAUGUUUUAAUUCAUAGUGGUCAUGUUGGAUGGCUGUUGAGUUUAUAUGGAGCAUUAAGGCUUAAGUUUUCAAAUCAUGGUUACUGGCUUGAUUGCCCGAUUGCAGUCUCUGCUCGGAAGCUUAUAGUGCAAUUAUGCUCACUGACAGGAGCUGUAUUUCCUUCUGAUAGUGGACAAACGCAAAAUCAACAUAUACUGCAAUUGCUUUCGGGAAUCUUACAGUGGAUCGAUCCUCCUGAUGUUGUGUCAAAUGCGAUUAAAUGUGGGAGAAGCGAAAGUGAGAUGCUUGAUGGUUGUCGUGCACUAUUAUCUGUGGCAUCUGUUACUACACCCCAUGUGUUUGAUCAGCUCCUGAAGUCCGUCAGGCCUUUUGGCACUAUUACUUUGUUGUCCACACUGAUGGCUGAAGUUCUUAAAGAUCUUAUGGAUACUUCCACCGACGAAGAAACUUGGAGUUGGGUGGCACGUGAUAUUCUAUUAGAUACUUGGACCACACUUCUUGUGCCGACAGAUUUGACUCAUCCAAGUAUGCUGCUUCCACCAGAAGGAAUAAAUGCUGCAGCAAAUAUUUUUGCUUUGAUAGUCGAGUCUGAACUAAAGGCUGCUUCUGCUUCGGUAUCCAGUGAUGAGGCUGAAGACUACCUUCAAGCUUCUAUAUCUGCGAUGGAUGAAAGGUUAUGCUCAUAUGCUCUUAUUGCACGAGCAGCCGUUGACGUUACAGUUCCCUUGCUAACUCGACUAUUUACCGAGCGCUUUUUGAGGCUUCAUCAGAACAGAGGUGCAAGUGAUCUAACAGAAACUCUGGAAGAGCUCUAUUCGCUGUUACUAAUAGCUGGGCAUGUUCUUUCGGACGAGGGGCAGGGUGAAACACCAUUGGUACCAGAAGCUAUACAAAACCAUUUUGUGGGCUUGACCGAGGCAGAAAAGCAUCCAGUGUAUAUACUAUCUAGCUCAAUCAUUAAAUUUGCUGAGCAAUCUCUCGAUUCGGAGAUGAGAGCAUCAUAUUUCAGUCCGCGACUUAUGGAGGCAAUUAUAUGGUUUCUUGCAAGAUGGUCUUCCACUUAUAUGAUGCCAAACAAUGAGAUGAACAAAGGCGUCAAAUCAAAAACUGUGUUUGAGUCUGAUCUGCAGCCUGAACAGGCCGGACUUGUUUUCCUUAGUCUUUUUGGGGAGCAUAACCAGGGAAAACAUAUACUUGAUAUCAUUGUCCGCAUCGCAAUGACAACUCUUGUUUUUUAUCCCGGGGAGAAAGAUUUGCAGGCACUCACUUGUUAUCAGCUACUUCAUGGAUUAGUGCGGCGAAGGAAUGUUUCUGCACAGCUUGUUGCCUUGGAAUCGUGGGGAAAGUUGGCAAGCACUUUUAUUGGUGAUAAAAAUUUGUUCUUGUUACAUGCCGCCCACCAACGUUCGCUUUCUCAAACUCUUGUUCUUUCAGCUUCUGGCAUGGGAAACAUAGAGGCAUCGAAUCAGUAUGUAAGAGAUCUUACUCAUCAUAUGACUAACUACUUGGUGGAAAUAUCUGGCCGAAGUGAUCUGAAAAAUGUAUCUCAACAACCAGAUAUUAUCCUAGGUGUUACUUGCUUGUUGGAGCGACUUCGUGGUGCUUCAAGUGCAUCUGAACCUCGAACUCAAAAAGCAGUUUUUGAAAUGGGAUUCUCUGUCAUGAACCCUAUCAUCAUACUGCUUGAAGUUUACAGUAAUGAGUCUACAGUUAUCUACCUGUUAAUCAAGUUUGUUGUUGAUUGGGUCGAUGGUCAAAUUAUCUACUUAGAAGCUCAAGAAACUGCAAUUGUAAUUAAUUUCUGCAUGCGUUUCCUUCAGCUUUACUCUUCUUACAAUAUUGGGAAGAUCUCACUAAGCCUUUCGAGAAGCUUACUAAGUGAAGCAAAUGCCGAAAAAUAUAAAGAUUUACGGGCCCUGUUGCAACUCCUUUCUAAUUUAUGCUCGAAGGAUCUGGUUGACUUCUCAUCAGAUUCCAUUGAGGCACAUGGGACAAGAAUUUCUCAGGUUGUAUAUACGGGUCUUCAAAUUGUUAACCCACUCAUCACUUUGGACAUGCUAAAAUAUCCUAAACUCUGUCAUGAUUACUUUGGGUUGCUUUCACAUCUUUUAGAGGUUUAUCCUGAGAUGUUAUUGGAGCUAAAUGCUGAAUCAUUUUCUCAUAUACGUGAGACUCUUAAAUUUGGCCUUCGUCAUCAGGAUGCAGAAGUUGUUGACAUGUGUCUGAGAGCAUUGAAUGCUCUUGCCUCGUAUCACUUCAAGGAAACUGCUGCUGGUAAAGUUGGUUUCGGUUCCCAUGCUGCAGGUUACAAGGAUCCCAACGGGAAAAUGCAGGAAGGUAUCUUGAGCCAAUUUACUCAGUUACUACUGCAGUUCCUCCUCUUUGAGGAUUACAGCACUGAUCUUGUCAGCUCUGCGGCGGAUGCAUUGCUUCCACUAAUCCUCUGUGAACAUGUUCUGUAUCAGAGACUGGGCAACGAGUUGAUAGAAAGACAAGCAAAUCCAGUACUUAAAUCAAGAUUGGGUAAUGCAUUGCAUUCUCUCACAAGCUCAAACAAUUUAUCUUUUUCUCUCGAUCGGCCAAACUACCAGAAAUUUAGGAAGAAUCUACACAAUUUUCUUGUUGAAGUUCGCGGGUUUCUUAGGACCAUGUGAUAUUCAAGUAGCAGGAGACGUACUUUUAGUGUUGAAUCUUUGAAUGUUUGGUGCUGGAUAUCUCCUUCAAGUUGCAGAGAUGAUUGUGUUUAGACAGCUGCCUCUCAGGUUUUGCCCCAAGGAUGCACAGAUGUUGAGAUGAGAUUUAGUUGGGCCUGUUUCAUUUAUUGCUUCCUUGAAUAUAGAAUUUCAUUGGUACAUGCCAUUUGAAUAUGUUACAUAUCAGUAAUAUCUUGGAGAGCCUAGUGAAUACAAAGCCACAGAUACGAGUGCGGUGUUGCACUCCUAAUGCUUUGAUUAGUUGUAUAAAUGAGUUUGUUUACCUAUAUAAGAUGCAUAUGGUAGAAAGACUGCAUCUUGUGUAAUUCAGGCACUAGGCCCGGUGUGCUCUAAUUUUGUAACAGUUUGUGGGUGUCUGAGAGCAGAAAUCAUGCAAAAAAUAACUAUGUGGGUGUUUAGGCAGGGCUUAAAAGCCCCGCUUCUGAAGUUUUAAGUUGGAAGCACUUAUUCGUACCAUUUGUGUAAAAAGUCGAUAAGCACUUGUAAAAAGCUAGGAUUUUUAGUUUUUGUUUCAUGAAUUCUACUUUUUUUCCAAAUACAUUAAUUACUUAUAAGUCUUAACUAACUUCUAACUUCUAUAUCA